AUGCCGUCGACCCCCCCACCCGCCCCUGUUCUAACCCCUCGUCCCAUCCUCCCUUCUGCCCGUCCACCCAUCCAAUCCACCCAUACCCUCAUCCCACGUGUCCAGCUGCCCUUUCUGCUCAAGGUGAGCCUUUUUGAGAGGGCGUCUGUGCCGCUCGCCCCGCCCUUCCUCGGCCGCUCCGCGCGCCACCUCUUCCUUACAGACGUGGAUCCUCCUGUCGAAUCACCCGACGUUGGCACUCACAUUGACUCCACUCCAAGCCCUCGGAUUUUUGCUGUUCUAACCUCCCAUCCCAUCCACCAUUCCACCCACCCAUCCCUCAUCCCACGUGUCCAGCUGCCCUUUCUGCUCAAGGUGAGCCUCUUCGAGAGGGCGUCUGUGCCGCUCGCACCGCUCUUCCUCGGCCGCUCCGCCCGCCACCUCUUCCUCACUGACGUCGACCCUCCUGUCGAAACACCCGACUUCGCCCCUCCAAAUGGCAUUGAAGCCGCUGAUGCCAACCCUCGCAUUGGCUCCAAUGCCUCUGAACCUCAAAUUGAAACCGUGGGUGCAGCCAAUACUCAGAUUGACACCACCUCCAAUGCUGAUCUUCAACCAGACACUGCUGGUGUUGAUGCUUUGGGUGAUGCUGUGGCUGGAAAAACCCAAGCAGCCGCUGUGAAUGGUAACCCUUGUAUGAGUCGUGUCGACCUUUCAACUGCUGCGUCUGGUAUCGAUCCCCCUCUCAGCACCGACACGACUCUCCCCUCCUCCGUUGACGCUGGUCGUCCCCUUGCUGACCUUUCUGCCAACGCAGCUGCUGAAGCUCUUGCCAGUGUGAAAGGGGCGGCUCGGAAACAGCACCAGAAGCAGCAGCAGCAGCAUGGGAUGGUGCGGCUGCAUCGGCUGGGAAGCAGCCUGAUUGAUGUGACAAGAGUGACAGGAGUGACAAGAGCGACAGGAGUGACAAGAGUGACAGGAGCAGAAGGCCGUUCAGAGGAGACAACGGAGAAAGGGGUUGGGAGUCACAAGGAGAAACACCAACUGCCUCUGCUGCUCCGCAUGACCACUGACAACGAGGAAGGCCCCUUCCUGUCUGCUCUCGCUGCAUUCAAGUACAGAGCAGCAUACGCCAAUGUUUCAGGGGAUCAGUAUUCUUUUGGAAUUCUCAAAAAUACUCUACACCAGUGGGAGAUGCCAUCGCCUGACGAGCUGCACGAGCUGCCAGACUAUCGCUUCAUCGUGAGAGUGCAGCCCAUGCCGUGUGAAUCAGACACCUCAGCAGUGCAGGCCGAACCAAGGGAGCCAGAGGCAAGCGCCCCAGGAUGUCACGACACAGGUGCAAGAGGGGAGGAGAAAGGAUGCUACGGCAACACCCCGUCAUUGCACUUGGUUGCUUGUGAUGCUUCACGUGCCAGUGCUGCCUCUGCUGCUGCUGCUGCUGCUGCUGCUGCUGCUGCACGAGCAGACACAACAGGUGCUUCAGCAACAGAGGCUUCUGAUGUCAUAGCAGGGAAUGCCACGGGCAAUGCUUCAGGUGGUCCUUCAGGUGCUCCUUCAGGUGGUCCGUCUGAUGGAUCUGCAGGUGACGCCCCAGAGCCCAAAGAGCACACUAAUUUCUUUGCGCGGCUGAAGGGAAGGUGGAAAGUGGGGGGAAAAACAGCAGCAACUCCCGGCUUUGGCCUUGGCUUUGGGUUUGGUUCUCCGCAGCAGCAGUUGCUGCCGUUCAAGCAGCAACCACUGAAGCUGAAAGAGAAGGGGCAUACCAAACAGGGUGAGGAGGGAGAGGAGGAGUUUGAGAACCCAAAGAUAUCACCUGACGAUCCACCUGAGGGUUCACCUGAGGAGGGUGAGGGGGGCCGGUUGCAACUGGUGCGUAGCAUGAGUGAGGGUAUGGUUCCCAGGGGCGCAAGUGGCAGGGGCAGUGGUGGUGGCGGCAGUGGCGGCAGCGGGAGUGGGGGCAGCAGUGGGGAAGGUAGUGGCAACAGCAGAACAGGACAAGGGGCGAUGAAGACCGACAAAGGGCAUGAGAGAGUCCCUCUCACGCCUCUCCUCUCUCCCCCCCCCACCACAGACGCUAUGGUGGACAAUCUAAACCGUGUUCCAUGGGCGCGCAUCGAUGUCAACUUUGCAUCCUCUCCACUCGCCUUCCUCGCUCACAUCCUCAUUCAGGUGAACAUCCCAACACUCAAGGCGCAUGGAGCUAGUGUGAUACAGCAUGUGAUCGACAACUUCGUGGUGUAG